AUGCCGUCGAUCGACACUCAAACUAGAACCCAAGGGAACAACUUGGACAGUCAGUCGACCCAUCAAUCGACUGCUCCGUCUCAUGGCCAAGAGAACGGGCACACCGCAAAUGGGCACCGUUCGACUUCAAAGGACGACGCAUCCGACGUAAAACGCUAUCCAAGCACUGGCAUCUCCGUGCUUAUUGUUGGAGCUGGCAUGGGUGGGAUGCUCUGCGCACUUGAGUCAUGGCGGAAAGGGCACGAUGUGCAGGUCCUUGAGCGAAGUCCUUCACCAGUUUACACCGGUGACAAUAUUACAAUCCAACCAAGCGCGCUAUCAAUCUUGCGACAUUGGCCAAGACUCUGCAAGCAAAUCGAGUACGAACAGUAUGACUGCUGGAUGUCAUACUAUCGCCACACGGGCGAGCAUAUCUACGGUCCAUCGCCACCGGUCUUCAAUGACCCCGAGAAUCUGGUUGGUCGGCGAGGACCGCAUGUUGGAUUCAUGCAGAGCAGAAUCAAGAUGUACAAAGCAUUGAUUCAGCAGGCUGAACGAUCUAAAAUUGAUAUUCGUUGGGGUCAGCGUGUAGUGGACUUCUAUGAGAUUGACUGCAUCCGCGUAUCAGUAGGUGGCGUCGUAUUGGAGAAUGGAGAGAGAAUGGAGGCCGACGUGGUGGUCGCGGCGGACGGGAUCAAAACAAAAUCGAACAAACUUAUUCGCGGACAUGAUGUCCAGCCGAGAGAGAGUGGACUCGCAGUGUAUCGGACGGCAUAUUCGAGCGAACUUGCGCUUCUAGAUCCUGUUGUAAGAGAAAGAUGGAAUCCCGCUGGUCUCGAACAUCCUAUCUGGGAAUUUUGGUUGGGACCGGGAAUCCAUGUAGUGAUUGCAGUCAUGGACGACAUUGUCUGUCUUGGUCUGACACACAAAGAUGAUGGCUCAGCGACAGAGUCGUGGAAUCCCAACGUCGAUCCGGAAGAACUACUGAAGACGAUGGAGCGAGAGGCGCCAGGGUGGCAUCCCGCGGUAUCUGCCAUUCUGAGAACAGCCCCCAAAGGGUCGAUUAUCCACUGGAAGCUUAUGUGGAGAGAUUUGAGCGAUACCUGGACAAGUUCGGGGGGCCGAGUAGUGCAGGUCGGCGACUCCGCACACUCAUUCUUGCCGUCUUCAGGAAAUGGGGCCAGUCAGGCCAUUGAAGACGCCAUAACGCUAGCGACCUGCCUGCAGCUUGGUGGGAAGAGUUGCGUAUCGAAUGCAACCAAGGUGUACAACCUUUUAAGAUAUCCGCGCGUUUCUUGCGCGCAAAAGAUGGCGUUUGUGAACUCACAGAUCAAGCAUGCUACUGAUUGGGAUGCAAUUGCGGAGAACCCAAAGCAGAUUCGCACACGAUUCCCUCGUUGGAUCUGGUCUCAUGAUCCAGAAGACUAUGCAUAUGCUAAAUUCGGCCAGGCUCUACACCACCUGCUCAGUGGAGGGAAUACUGACUUUCAGAACACAAACUUUCCAUCAGGUCAUAAAUUCCGACGUUGGACAAUUGAUGAAGUGAGAGAAGAGAUGGCCGCGGGUGUCGAUAUCGAGCAAGCUCUUGAUGGUGAUUGGUCGUAG